AUGGGCGAACCCGACAUCAGUGGCAUUUUGGAGUCUCUAAGCAGAGACCAGCAACAUGCUGCUAUUACCAAGUUCCUACAAAGGGAACUUGCCGUCGAAAGACAGAAGAUAGACUUGCUACAACAGCAAGGCUCUCAUCAGUCGAUGGGCGGGCCGUCGCACACGCGUCGACCCGAAAACUUGAAGACUGAUAUCUCAAGGUACAAGAGAACCGAUGAAGAUUCCCUUUUGAGAUGGUUCGUCGAGUUAUACGAUGCCAACUGGGCCCGUCAUAUCGAGGGUGACGAGAUGAAAGUCACCUUCGCCCUGUCAAAUUUGAUACGACGAGCAAAGACUUGGGCCUUAGGGCUAAAGCUUCACGAUCCAAACUGGUUUGAGUCGUUAGAUAUCUUCAAGCCUCGACUCAAAGAGACGUUGAUGCCGCCGAGAGCCGAGUUCAGAGCACGCUCAGCACUCUUGAGGCUAAAGCAAGGUAAGCGUGGCGUGCACGCUUACGUACAAAACCUGCGCUUUACAAGUAGCGUAACGAAAAACCGUGUUAACGGGCAUACGCUCAUCAACGUGUUCAUCUACGGCCUUGUAGAUGGGCCGGUGAAGACCUACAUGUUCCAAGAGGACUUCCAUACGCUGGAAAAGGCGAUAGCGUAUGCGGAACAAGAAGACUUCAGCCUGAGACAGUCUCAGACUAACUCGUCAAACUAUCGUCCAACGAGGCGACAGGAAACAGGAGGUCCCGAACCAAUGGACUUCUGUUAUAUCGAGAUUGAGAACUUUCGCUCUCUGAGUCACAAGCGAACGGCAAGAUGCCAUCGCUUUCAGAAGAUUGGACACUAA